AUGGCUUUAAAAAGAAGCAAACUUAUUUUGAAACUGGCUACAUCUUUAGCACCAAACACUUUCGUUCAAAAUAGUCAAAAUAUGCAUUGUAAAGGUAACAAAAGCAAUGACAAUGUUUUUACCUUAGAUGAUGCAGAAUCAGUUAAACUUGCAGAGUCCAUUACAAAUAUUGCAGAAGGUAGUGUUAAAAUUGAUGCCAGAUCUGGUAUUCCAGGCGAUGAACAUUUACAUAUAUUAAGUUUUAGACGACAAGUAUACGUUCUUCCUCCCUCGAAGGACUUUGAAUUGCAGACAUCAUUAAUCAUCCCUUUUGACGGCAACGAAAACAGAAUCUUUCUAUCUACAGAUAAAAUGGAGUGCUUCAAUUGCAAGCAACCCGGACACAUCGCUUUAAAUUUCCCAAAUCCUCCAACUAACAACAUACUGUUACAACCCACUCUAUUGGAACAAUCUGAAGAGGUAUCUUCAAAAACAAACUCUGUAAACCUAAUAGAAAGCAAAGAAGUGAAUUCAAAUAAAGACCCGACAAUCCUACAAGAAAAUCAACCUGCUGCAGUUCUGACCUUAGCCCAAAAACGAUAA